UACAAAUUCUAGAGCAGGAGUAUACUUUCAGGAAGUAAACUUCCUCUACCGUGUACCGGAAUCACUACACUUUCGUCAUGUCACUAUCCCACACCGUGCCUGCUGUCAGUGCGGUAUGAUUCUUGUGAAUAUUUCGUUAUUGAUCGAUUGCUGAAGGGACUACGGUGGCUGUCACUUGUAUAUUCCAAAUCAAGGGGCUAUUAGCCUGACUCUCCAGCUAGCUAGCGUACUCCACUAUGGCACCAAAGAGGAAAGCAUUGCCCACCCCUCUUCCAGGCGGAUUGAUUGUGACGGACACAGAAAAGAGAAGUUGGAAACUUGGAAAGGUCAUCGGCAGUGGUGGUUUUGGAUUAAUAUACCUAGCCUCAAAGGAUGUGGAUGCACCUGUUGGAGAUGACUCUGAUUUUGUGAUUAAAGUCGAGUAUCAUGACAACGGGCCAUUGUUCUCAGAGCUGAAAUUCUACCAAAGGGCUGCCAAACCAGACCUCAUGAAGGAAUGGAAGGCGAAGAAAGGACUGGGCUUCCUUGGAAUCCCAACCUACUGGGGAUCAGGCCUGUUUGAACACAAGGAAACUAAGUACAGGUUCAUGGUGAUGGAUCACCUUGGCACUGACAUGCAGAAGGUACUCGUGGACCAGGGUGGUCGUUUCCCAAAGCACACUGUCCUGCAGCUUGGGUGUCUCUUGCUGGACGUGUUGGAAUAUAUUCAUGACAACGAGUACGUCCACGCCGACAUUAAGGCUGCCAAUCUCCUACUGGGCCUCAGAGAUCCUGACAAGGUGUAUCUGGCAGACUAUGGUCUUGCCUAUAGGUACAACCCAAGUGGAGUACAUAAGGAGUACAUAGCGAACCCAAAGAAAGGACACAAUGGCACUAUUGAGUACACGAGCACCGAUGCUCACAACGGUGCAGCUCCGUCCAGACGGGGGGACCUGGAGGUUCUGGGCUACUGUCUGCUGCACUGGCUGUGCGGGACCCUACCCUGGCUCUCCGUCCUGAGAAAUCCUACUCUGGUCCAGGAAGCCAAGGCCAAGCUGACGUCAGAUCUGCCGGACUCGGUCACACAGCUCUCCGCCCCCGGCUCUGGCAGUGCCGAGCUCGCCAGCUUCAUGCUCCGUGUCAAGAACCUGGGCUACAAAGAAAAGCCCGACUACCAGGCGCUGAGGCUGCUGCUAAGUGAAGGCGUACCAAAGGGCUCCAGCGGCCAAGGCCUCUUGGACCUCCCCAGACCCAGACCAGGGAAGGUGUCGGAGCCAUCAGCCCUCAGGACUGCAGGCCAAGCCAAACCUUCUGCUAGAAGACCAGCCAAGCCAAAGCCCAUUCUUUCUGGUAGUGAUGUUUCCGACGAAGACGGCCCCAAGCCAAGAGUCCACAGACCAAAACCAUCAGGAAAGUCUCAUGACCAGGGUUCUGGUCAACCCAAACCUGGAAAGAGAAUCAGUAAGCCCGUCAUUGUGAAGGAAGAGGAUGAUGAUGAUGCUUCUGGUGAAGACGAUACUAGUCCAGCCCCAGCUCGACACGGAGGCCUCGCAUGGAAGACUCCGCAGAAGAAAAGAACCAGUCAAGCCAAAAGAGGGCCCAGGGUGAAGGCUGUGGAGAGCGAUGAAGACUACUGUCCCGGGCCUGAGUACAGAAGAGCCCAGGCCGGCCUGAGAGCACCUGCGGCAGACGAUCUAUGCCCUGCACUGGAGCAAAAAAAAGGCAUAGCCAGAUAUGCUAGAAGAAGAACAGAACUUGAAGCAGCUCUGCCAUGGACCCCAUCAGGCCACAUAUGGAGCAGUUCAGACACGCAUUACCCCAUAGACAGGGCUGCCCCGAUGACCAGAAGACACUGCGACAGUAAUGGCCACACAUGCAGUGGCAGUUAUGACGACUCCUGGAGGGAAUAUGCUCACUACCAAGACCACCGAAGGAAGACCCACACCAAUCGGGGAUACCUGGAUCAACGGUACGAAGAACCGUGGGAAUAUCCUGGUUCUGACGUCGGUUAUGGCUUCUCACAGCACAACCAGACAGAGAAACAUGAAGGACAAUGGGGCUGGGGAAACGCUAAGCUCUUUGGCGGGAUCAUUAUGAGCCUCCUCUUUCUUGCACUGGUAGCUUUAGUUUGUGGAACUCUUGAAGACCACUACAUGCCUGUCUUAUGGAGGAUGGUGACGGGUUUCUACUGACUAUUGAGGACAUCUCUUCUGCUGUAUGCAGGUCAAGCCUUUUGCACUGCCAUCUUCACUGUAAUGGGCUGAUGGAGAAACAUGAAUUGCUGUAUUUCAGGGGUAUUUCAAAAACAAAUGUAUUUUUGAACAAUUCCUACAGAUGUCGUGUGUAUAGUAAAAUAUGGUUGUUGGUUUUAAAAAAAGAAAUAAAUUAUGCACCUUUUGCUUAGCAUAAAA